AUGGAUGGAGCUUUCUCUGAAUCAGGAGACAGCUCCGAUAUCUCCGGAUCAGGCAUCUCCGGAUCAGUUGUCUCCGGAUCACUUGACUCCGCCGGAUUAGACGCAUCAGGCUCCGUCGACUCUGGUGACUUGGCCAUCCCGGGCGACUCCGCUGACUUGGCCAUCCCGGCCGACCAGGUGGACUCUGGAGACUUGGCCGUCCCGGGCGACUCCGGUGACUUGGGCAUAGACGACCAGGUCGACUCUGGUGACUUGGCCAUCCCGGGCGACUCCGCUAACUUGGCCAUCCCGGACAACCAGGUCGACUCUGGCGACUUGGCCAUCCCGGGCGACCAGGUGGACUCUGGUGACUUGGCCGUCCCAGGCGACUCCGGUGACUUGGCCAAUGCGGACGACCAGGUCGACUCGAGCAUCCCAGACGACCAGGUUGACUCUGGCGACUUGGCCAUCCCGGGCGACCAGGUGGACUCUGGUGACUUGGCCAUCCCAGGCGACUCCGGUGACUUGGCCAACGCGGACGACCAGGUGGACUCUGGUGACUUGGCCAUCCCGGGCGACUCCGGUGACUUGGGCAGCCCAGACGACCAGGUCGACUCUGGUGACUUGGCCAUCCCGGGCGACUCCGCUAACUUGGCCAUCCCGGACGACCAGGUGGACUCUGGUGACUUGGCCAUCCCGGGCGACUCCGGUGACUUGGGCAUAGACGACCAGGUGAACUCUGGUGACUUGGCCAUCCCAGGCGACUCCGGUGACUUGGGCAGCCCAGACGACCAGGUCGACUCUGGUGACUUGGCCGUCCCAGGCGACUCCGGUGACUUGGCCAUCCCGGACGACCAGGUGGACUCUGGUGACUUGGCCAUCCCGGGCGACUCCGGUGACUUGGCCAUCCCGGGCGACUCCGGUGACUUGGCCAUUCCGGACGACCAGGUCGACUCGAGCAUCCCAGACAACCAGGUCGACUCCGGCGACUUGGGCAGCCCAGACGACCAGGUCGACUCUGGCGACUUGGGCAUCCCGGAUAGCUCAGGUGGCUCCACAGACUUGCCAAUUUCAGAUGAUCAUGAUGGUGACUACGACUGGCACAGCGGAUCUGGAGGCUCGCCAAUCCUGGAUGAUCAAGCGGGUGACUAUGGCGGCGAUGCUCACUACGACUGGCGCAGCGGAUCUGGAGGCUCGCCAAUCCUGGAUGAUCAAGCGGGUGACUAUGGCGGCGAUGCUCACUAUGACUGGCACAGCGGAUCUGGAGGCUCGCCAAUCCUGGAUGAUCAAGCGGGUGACUAUGGCGGCGAUGCUCACUACCACUGGCACAGCGGAUCUGGAGGCUCGCCAAUUCCGGGUGAUGCUCACUACCACUGGCACAGCGGAUCUGGAGGCUCGCCAAUUCCAGAUGAUGCUCACCAUCACUGGCACAGCGGAUCUGGAGGCUCGCCAAUCCUGGAUGAUCAAGCGGGUGACUAUGGCGGCGAUGCUCACUACCACUGGCACAGCGGAUCUGGAGGCUCGCCAAUUCCGGGUGAUGCUCACUACCACUGGCACAGCGGAUCUGGAGGCUCGCCAAUUCCGGGUGAUGCUCACUACCACUGGCACAGCGGCUCUGGAGGCUCGCCAAUUCCAGAUGCCGCUCACUACCACUGGCACAGCGGAUCUGGAGGCUCGCCAAUUCUGGAUGAUCAUGCGGGUGACUUUGGGCAUUCUCACCACCACUGGCAAUCUGGCGGCUCCGGUUCGUGGCACGGAUCGGGUGGCUCCUGGCAUGGAUCGGGUGGCUCCGGUUCCUGGCACGGAUCGGGUGGCUCCUGGCACGGAUCGGGUGGUUCUGGUUCGUGGCACGGGUCUGGUUCUGGUUCCUGGCACGGAUCGGGUGGCUCUGGUUCCUGGCACGGAUCGGGCGGCUCUGGUUCCUGGCACGGAUCGGGCGGCGGCUCUGGUUCCUGGCACGGAUCGGGCGGCGGCUCUGGUUCCUGGCACGGAUCGGGUGGAUCCAGCAGUUCCUCGGGGCACACUUUUGCAUGCCCCGGUGGCCACGUGCACCAGUGCCCUGCCGAAUGGAAACAGGAAGGCAAUGCUGGCGGCUACCACUGCCUGCACAAGUUGGCUCGCCAGACGUCCCAAGCAGCCUACGAGAGCUCCGGUGGUGCCUGCCGCCCAGCAAAGGACGGCCCCUUCCCUGUCGCAGACUGCCAAGUUCAGUGCGGCAUCGGUGCAGCGGGCAAGAAGGCGCCCCUGCUGAAGUGA